AUGGCGCAUUUCCUGAGAGGAAAGCAAGCUGGUAUCCAAAAGGACCUGUCCGACGGCUUGUCGCCGGACUUGUUCGCCCUCGAUGAUUUCGCUCGAUAUGGCAUAAAUUCUCAGAUCAGCGCGAUCGCCUACGAUCCCGUUCAAUCUCUUAUUGCCGUUGGCACCAGUGAUACUCAGUUUGGCAGCGGUCAGAUCUAUGUGUUCGGCCAGCGUCGGGUAUCCGUUGUUUUUUCACUGCCCCGGAAGGCGUCGGCCAAGUUCCUACAAUUUUGUGCGGACAAGCUUGUCAGCGUUGAUUCGAAAAGUGAAAUUUGUGUUUUCUCCCUCGAGACACGACAGACGCUCUUCUCUUAUGCCCCUCCUAACCAUGUCAGCGCCUUGUUGACCGAUCCUAGCCUCGACUAUGCCUUCAUUGGCCUGCAGAAUGGUGAUAUCAUUGCAUAUGAUCUCGAUCGUGAAACUUUAACUCCUUUUAAAGUUCCCAAUCUCUGGGCCCAGCGUAAUCCGCGAGCGCGCUUUUGCCCUGUCAUCGCACUCUCCUUUUCACCUCGCGAUAUUGGAAAGAUCCUAGUGGGCUAUCCUGAGGGAGCUGUGACAUUCUCGUUUAAGCAGAACUUAGCACAGAAGUACUUCGAGUAUGAAGUUCCUCCGGGUGCAUUGGGUGGGAAUUGCGAUGUUCCAUCCCAGGAGCCGCGCAGACCAAGACUGACUAAGGCCGUUUGGCACCCUAACGGAAUUUUCGUAUUGACAGUGCAUGAUGAUAAUAGUUUGGUCCUUUGGGACUCUAAAGAUGGUCGCAAGAUAGCGGCUAGGUCAAUCACAACCCCCAAUAUUGACCAGCCAGGUGCUAGUCGUGAGAGACCACUGUCAGCAGGGAGCGCUGUUGGGCUCAGGGACCCCAUUACUCAUAUUGCGUGGUGUGUUAAAGGAAAUGGGGAUGAUAGUGGACUUUUAAUAGCUGGUGGUAAGCCGAAAGCUGAGGCCAACAAAGGACUUACUUUCAUCGAUCUGGGGCCGACUCCAAACUAUCAAACAUCCUCUUGGGCCAUGAUAUCGAAUUAUUUCGAAUCUCCAAAACAAAUAACAGAUCUCUCCACGCCUCCAGGCGCAGAAGUCGUUGAUUUCUGCCUUAUUCCUCGCGCCUCACCCUACUAUGCUGGUGGACAUGAUCCGAUUGCCUUGAUCGCUGUUCUUUCUUCGGGAGAGCUGAUAACUUUGAGCUUCCCUAGUGGUCAUCCAAUUACCCCCACCAAUAUGAUCCACCCUUCUCUUUCAUUUGUUCACCCCUUCGUAAACAAGAUGACCCUUACGCCAGUCGAUCGUUCAGCUUGGCUUGGCCUCAGGGAACGGAGGUCGCAAGGGCCAAAGUUCCUACUAGGCGGUGCGGAAGGGAAGAAGGUCCUCAAGCGCUUUGAAGAUCGUAAUGUGAUCACAACCGCUCAUGCUGAUGGCACAAUUCGUCUCUGGGAUGUAGGCCAUGAUGAGAUCGAGAACGGGGAUGUCAUCCAGGUGGAUUUGGCGCGUGCCGUUGGCCGUGUUAGUAAUGUUGAAGUUACUGAAAUGGCCCUAAGUGGGUCAACAGGUGAGCUGUCGGUUGGCCUCAGGAGUGGUGAGGUCGUGAUAUUCCGUUGGGGCAGCAAUGGAAGUUUUGGCCACGAAGAGCCCGCCGGCGCUAACGAAGGACCGGGGAAGUUGACUAAGGUCGCUCACAGGACUGAUCCUGGGUUGAAGCAGGGACUUCUUCCCCUUACCCUUUUGGAUAUGCAACAAGGAUCAGUCACUGCGCUGAAACAUAGCCAAGUUGGAUUUGUCGCUGCUGGCUUCGAAGGUGGCAGUCUGGUGAUCAUCGACUUGCGCGGACCAGCUGUGAUUCAUACAGCGCGAUUGUCCGAACUCACAAAACCUAGCAAGCGGAGCAGUUUCUUGAGACACCGAUCGUCUGAUGAUGCCCCACCAGAAUGGCCAACAAGCAUUGAAUUUGGUGUAUUGACUUUGGAGGGCGAAGAUUAUUCGAGCAUUUGCUGCUUUGUAGGCACCAAUCGGGGAAAUUUUGCAACCUUUAAGAUCCUUCCAACGGAUAACGGGGGUUAUACGGCUUCGUUUGCUGGAGCAACUUUGCUGGAUGAUAAGGUCAUAAGCAUCAUUCCUAUUAAUGCCGAGACCGGUGACCUUGCCUUAGCUACUCCGAACGCGGUUGGAGGUUUAAGAAAUGGAGUUCAGGUUCACGGUGUCGUUGUUGCUGUAACCGUUUCUGGCUGCAGGAUAUUCAAACCUGCAACUUCUAAGGGCGCACAUAAAUCGUGGGAAGAUUAUUUGUGCGACUCUGCUGCAGUGGUCAAGGUCGAGGGUCGAGGUUACAGCCUUGUUGGGCUCUUUGGUGAUGGCAACGUGCGGGCUUUCUCUAUCCCAGGCCUCAAAGAGAUGGGCUGCAAGGAAAUAAAUUACAUGGCUGAUAUGAAACGCCUCUCGGAAUCCACAAUUUGUUCUAAUGGAACAGUUCUUACCUGGACAGGGCCUUCCGAAGUCGGAUUGUUUAACGUUUGGGGAGCUGGAACUGGGCUGCGACAUUCCGAAGACCAGCUCUAUAAUAUACAGGCAGCCAUCCCGCCACGCCCUACAAUUACCAACAUGCAAUGGAUCUCCGGCACCCAAUAUAUCUCUCCUGCUGACAUGGACAUUCUCAUUGGAGGCCCGGAUCGUCCGCCUUCUAAAAAGAUGCAAGAGCAGAUGAAACUUGAAGAUCAAGAGCGUCGAAGACUUGCUAGGGAAGGACGAACCAUGUCCAACCUGUCCCAGGAGCAAGGCAGCCAAGAAGGAUAUUGGUCGUACAUGCAGCGCCAAGUGCAGCAGCGCACUGAAAAUCUGAACCUUGCCGGUGACCAGAUGGAACGACUAGAAGAAAACAGCAGUAACUGGGCUCGGGACGUCAAUAAGUACGUUCAAAAUCAGAAGAAGAAGGCGGUGCUGGGUGGGUCGAAGUUUGGACUCUAA